AAUACUUCUCUGUGAGACUGAAGUGCUCUUAUGUCCAUAUCACGAUACCUCUGUGGUUCCAGCUCUCCUGGCAAAUAAAGGAUCAGCGUUUAUCUCGGAAUCUGUGGCAGUUGCAGGAUAAAUGAGGGUGACUAGGCAGACAUGGAGUGGUACCAGUCCAAUACUCACCUGUGUGGGCCUGGGGUGUUACCGAUACCAGACUCACCUGUGUGGGCCUGGGGUGUUACCGAUACCAUACUCACCUGGUGGGAACACUUAGUCACCAUGACAACUCCAAUGUUGAUUUUAACAAGGGUGUUGCGUCACUAACUGGUCAGCGGAGAGAAAAAGAAACCCAGCACUGAUUCCAAAGCUUGACCACACCUCCAGAGUGUGGCUAAAUCAUCACGUCCAGACUUACAGUAGUCCAGCCAUUUUGUUCAGCCCUGCCAUUCAAUAGUCAAAUCAGACUGAGGCAAAGUUGAACAGACAGACGGACAAGCUUUGAACAGACAGACAGACAAGCUUUGAACAGACAGACGGACAAGCUUUGAACAGAGAGACAGACAAGCUAAAAUGAAUUGAGCAUCAAUCAGCCUAGUGAUCUGAAACAACUCUUCAAGUCCAAAGGCAGAAGCUCAUCCACAAAAGCCGGGUGAAAGUUCAACGGUGAAAGAAGGGGAUCCCACUUCGAUCUCACCAUGGACUGGAAGACGUUCGAGGCGCUGCUUAGCGGGGUCAAUAAAUACUCUACCGCGUUUGGACGUAUCUGGCUCGCGGUAGUCUUCGUGUUUCGCGUCAUGGUCUUCGUCGAGGCCGCAGAACGCGUCUUUAGUGAGGACCAGAAAGACUUUGACUGCAACACCCGCCAACCCGGCUGCGCCAACGUCUGUUACGACCACUUCUUCCCUGUCUCUCACACCCGGCUCUGGGCACUGCAGCUCAUCUUCGUCACCUGUCCCACCUUCCUGGUCGUGAUGCACGUGGCGUACCGCGAGGAACGCGAACGCAAGUACCGCAUCGCACACGGUGAAAACGCCCGUCUCUACGACAACACAGGACAGAAGCACGGAGGACUCUGGUGGACGUAUCUCCUCAGCCUCUUCUUCAAGACGGCCAUCGAGGUGGCGUUCCUCUACCUCCUCCAUCUCAUCUACAACAACUUUGACCUGCCGAGACGCGUCAUAUGCGACCUCUGGCCUUGUCCUAACCAGGUGGAUUGCUACAUCGGCCGGCCCACAGAGAAGAGGGUGUUUACCUACUUCAUGGUAGGGGCGUCGGCUGUGUGUAUAGUGCUCAACGUGUGUGAGAUCUUUUACCUGAUAGCCAUCCGGUUGCUGAGGAUCAGUCAUCGGGGAAGCCUCCAUACCUCCCCCAACAUUAGGUGCUCUGAGCUGGACUGUGAUGGGUGUCAGACGCUGGCGGCGACAGCAGAGUACCAGGAGUGCAACGAGGCCAACUUAGCCAUGGAGAAGAAAAGACCUGAGCCCUAGGACCAUGUCCCAGGACUACCUGUCAUGAGGACUCCUUGCUGUCCCCAGUCCACCUGGCCAUGCUCCUGCUCCAGUUUCAACUGACCUGAGCCCUAGGACCGUGCCCCAGGACUACCUGACAUGAAGGCUCCUUGCUGUCCCCAGUCCACCUGACUGUGCUGCUGCUCCAGUUUCAACUGUUCUGCCUUAUUAUUAUUCGACCAUGCUGGUCAUUUAUGAACAUUUGAACAUCUUGGUCAUGUUCUGUUAUAAUCUCUACCCGGCACAGCCAGAAGAGGACUGGCCACCCCACAUAGCCCGGUUCCUCUCUAGGUUUCUUCCUAGGUUUUGGCCUUUCUAGGGAGAUUUUCCUAGCCACCGUGCUUUUACACCUGCAUUGUUUGCUGUUUGGGGUUUUAGGCUGGGUUUCUGUACAGCACUUUGAGAUAUCAGCUGAUGUACGAAGGGCUAUAUAAAUAAAUUUGAUUUGAUUUGAUUUGAUUUGAUGUACUGACCUUCAUGUCUCAAAGUAAUGAUGUACUGACCUUCAUGUCUCAAAGUAAUGAUGUACUGACCUUGACGUCUCAAAGUAAUGAUGGACUGACCUUCAUGUCUUAAAGUAAUGAUGGACUGACCUUCACGUCUCAAAGUAAUGAUGGACUGACCUUCACGUCUCAAAGUAAUGAUGGACUGACCUUCAUUUCUUAAAGUAAUGAUGGACUGACCUUCACGUCUCAAAGUAAUGAUGUACUGACCUUCACGUCUCAAAGUAAUGAUGUACUGACCUUCAUGUCUUAAAGUAAUGAUGGACUGUCCUUCAUGUCUUAAAGUAAUGAUGGACUGACCUUCACGUCUUAAAGUAAUGAUGGACUGUCCUUCAUGUCUUAAAGUAAUGAUGUACUGACCUUCACGUCUCAAAGUAAUGAUGGACUGACCUUUAUGUCUUAAAGUAAUGAUGUACUGUCAUUUCACUUUGCUUAUUUGAGUUGUUCUUGCCCCCCCCCACCUUCUUUCAACACAACUGAUUGGCUCAAACUUAAGAAGGAUAGAAAUUCAAAUUAAUUUUUUAAUUUAAAUCCAUUACAAGCUGGUUGAGAGGAUGCCAAGAGUGUGCAAAGCUGUCAUCAAGCUAAAGGGUGGCUACUUUGAAUCUCAAAUAUAAAAUAUAUUUCGAUUUGUUUAACACUUUUUUGGUUACUACAUGAUUCCAUAUGUGUUAUUUAAUAGUUUUAAUGUUUUCCCUAUUUUUCCACAAUGUAGAAAAUAGUAAAAAUAAAGAAAAACCCUUGAAUGAGUAGGUAUUCUAAAACUUUUGACCAGUAGUGUAUAUAUAUAUAUAUAUAUAUAUAUAUAUAUAUAUAUAUAUAUAUAUAUAGCUGUAUACAGUAUAUAUA